GUUAGAAUCGUCCCAGUGAACAAGCAUCAAACCAGUGAAUAAAUCUACAUGACUGGUGCUACAUGUUGGAGUUCCGUGUCGAUGACUGAUUGUACACAACGCAAGAUGAGUACUGUUACAUAUAAAACAUUAAGAACACCUGCUCUUUCCAUGACGACCAGGUGAAUCCAGAUGAAAGCUAUAAUCCCUUAUAGACGUCACUAGUUAAGUCAGUGUAGAUCGAGAUAGUUAAAAAGAAAAAUACUGUAAGGCUUGAGACAAUUGAAACAUGGAUUGUGUAUGUGUGCCAUUCAGAGGGUGAAUAAGAAAGAUAAAAUAUUUACUUGCCUUUCAACAGGGCAUGGUAGUAGGUGCCAGGGGAACCAAUUUGUGUCAAGUACUGCAAAGCUGCUGAUUUUUAUGCUCAACAGUUUCCAGUCUGUAUUAAGAAUGUCCACCACUCAAAAGACACAGCCAACUUGACACAACUGUGGGAAGCAUUGGAGUCAACAUGGGCCAGCAUCCCUGAGAAAAUGGCUGGCAAUAAUGUUUAAAUGAUUGUUGAUGAACUAUCAUUGACAUAGGCACAGUGACAAAACAGCCAGGAAUCCUGGCUCAGUAACAACCAUACUGUAUAUUCCCACAAGAGGGAGCCAAGGCACAAUCCCAUGUGUGCUUUGGUCUAACUCUGACUCAACAUCUUCAGUAGACCUCCCAGGAAUAUCCCCACCCCACAGGCAGGUUCAACACACCAGGAGAAGUUAUAAUCACAUCUAGUGUUACCAGUGUGCUGGAGUUUCAUUUCCACUCAUGUUCAACAAACCUACAGGGAAUGGGAGAGAACCAAAAAGUUGUAUUUACUGUAAUUCAACAUCAAUGCUGACAGGAGGGAACAUUUCAGUUGGAGAAUGUCCAGGUUUAUAUGGCUGUGUUUAGACAGCCCAAUUCAGAUCUUUUUUUGAGUAAUUCAGGGAUGCAAACUGAUGAGGGCCCAAAAAGGUGAAACAUUCAAAAAUAUCCACAAUAGGGGGAAGGAAGGUUUUAACUAAUUAAACAACAAAGACUAUGAUCUACAUUAUCAGUCUCUGUGUGUAAAAUAAAACGUGGUUAAUGUGAACCUCUCACUGCUAAAAAAUGUGUAGAAAGCAAUCCAAUGUUAUUUGUUGCCAAGACUUUACUGCAUAAGACACUCAAGUCUUGACGCCUCAUUUUCACCCAAUUCUCUCAUUCUGAAAAUUAACCGCAACGUUACUGUAGAGGGAAAACAUUAGUUCAUAGAUAGUUAGUUCAUUAACAUUUCACACAGAUUGCCAGGGUCCAGUAAGCAACUACGUUAACAAUAUAACUUGAGGAACGGCAAGAAGUCGUAUACCAGUUAAUACUAUAGCGAGUUGGUUCGUUUACUAACGUUAGCUUAUCCGAUGUUGUAACGUUCCUGUUAGCUAGUUGUCUGACUUCAUUACCCAGCUAAUUCUCACACCAUAAACUAAAUUAUUUGAUCAGCCAAGUUGGAUACUGUUGCUCAAUAUUUCUCUGGCUAGCUAACGCGGAGAAUUCGAUCCAACGAGCAAGAUACUUGGUGCUGAAAUACUUGGAUAUUUCAGCACCAUGGACAACAGUGAAAUCGGCAAAGCGAGAUCUGUCAUUCAGCACCACAUGACAGUAGACAGCAGCCAUCUCAUGUGAAGUUGGCACUGGGGAAAUCCCAUCUAAUGAGAAACGAGGCCAAGGAGGCAAAAAGACUGAAGGAAAAGACUCCCACAGAAAUUCUAUGCUAAACUGUUUCUGCCACAUUCAUUUAAAAUGUUACAUCUUUCGAUUUGUAAAUAAUAGGGAAUACAUUUGCAAAUAAUUUCAACUGAUUAAUCAAACUACACUGUUUAGCUUUGGUGUGUCUGUGCAUCAUACCUACAACUGUAAGCAAUUCCGUUCUCAAAUGUCUGUUUAAUGUGAGAAACAAAAUGAAAAACAACUGUUAGACUAUUACAAUGCGGACUGUCAUGCAUUUUUAUAUUACCAACAAGACAACGAAGUGAUGGUCUAUACGCGACAUGGAGACAUUUGUAGUAUACUUCCCCCACCCAGCAAAAGCUCCCACGCUGAGCGAUAUUUUUUUACUAAACUAUUAUGCAUAUAAUCCAAGUCAUACGUUUAGUGUCAUUGAUACUCUUAUUUUUAACCAAUUAGCGUUGCAAGUGUACCUUAUCUCAAUUCAGAGCUCGGAAAUAUUGGAAUAACGUGCUUAAGAGGACUGACACAACAGGGGAAAUACAACAAUCACAUUUUCAAUUGACAAUCAUUGCUUUAAAUAGUUACGGUUAAUAGAUGUGUAUAGGCAUUGGUAAACAAUUAAUUUCACUUGUAAACCAAGGUUGUAUUAGUAGGUCUAAGCAACAUGCAGCUGGAUACCUGCGUAAUGAAUCGAAAACAGGUUCCAAUCCUCAUAUAUACACAUUAUGACGAAAUAAAGAGCUUAAUCUUUCAAGACAUAAAGACAUAGAAGCAUACCCAUUUAUAAAGGUUCUACACAUUCCAUUUCUCCAUAGCGAUAGAAUGUAAACAUUCUAUUUUGUGCCAAACAUUACUUACAACUCAAUUCUAAGUGCAGCAUAUUGGACGACUCCACAGUAAUUGAUCAUUCGCGACUUUAACUUAUUCCUGUUAUCUCUAGAGCAUCUCGUAUAUCUAUAGCGCUGCGUUUCUACCCCAUCUUACCAUGGAUAGGGUUUGGUGCAUUCCGGAGUUCACGUAUGGUCCCACAAAGGUAAUCUUUGGAGAUAUUAAUUUUUGCAUACUGUAAAUGCCUGUGCACAAUGUGCAUAACAAAGCAUCAUUAUUGUCAUUCUCUUCAAAGGAAUUCUGCAGAAGCAGCCUUUAUUUCCAGACUCUGCAGGCCUGCUGGGAGGAAACAUAUUACAAUAAACAGAAGAAGCUCAUGGUCCACUACCUGCUGCUCCAGAGUCAAGGCCAGAUCCCGCACCAUGUCACCACGGAGCACAUGAGCGACUGGCUGGUGUCUCAGGGCAAAAAAUCCCUUAGGGAGAGGGUGUGGAAGGAAACCCUGGAGGAGGGGAAUGACCUCGCUCGGCUGACCUGGGAAGUCAACACUUGCCUAAAAAUGAUAGACAUAGAGCACGAGGCUGUCUGCAAGCUCCGCCGCUCCUUGCACCCCACCUCGCCAGCUGACAUCGACCCGAAGGUCCACAGCAUCGUGGAAAGAGCUGUAAGGAGCAUUAUGGGCGAGCUGUCCAAUGAGCCCCGUAGCAACCUGCUCAGCCCAUCCCAGGUGGUUGUGGAGGUGGUGCCCAGGCUCCUCCUGGCCCUGUGGCUUCAGCCAGAGGAAGGCCAUUCAGGACACCCAAUCCUAGUAAGCGGGAUGGCCGUGGGCAUGGUGGCAGCCGUAGUGGAGAAGCUCUCCAGCAUGUUAAAGGCCCCUUCCCCUCAAAUCCCUUUCUCCCGGGCUGCGGCUUUUGAAUCUGUGCUGUCAAUCCUCGGGAGAAUCAGUCAGUCCUUCUCCACGGAUGACCUCCAGAGCCCAUUUUAUAUGAGAUCUGUCUGUGCCUUUGUGGCUGACGAGGUACAGAGCUGCUUCCAGCCCCCUGCAGCCACCUUACCAGUCCUCCCUGUCGUCGCUGCGGCCGUCUCCACCGCACCUCCAGACAUCCUAGCAGAGGCAGACCCGGCUUCUCCCUACAUAGAGGUUGUGAAUAUCAACGCAAACACAGAGGCAGACCAGGCUUCUUCCCACCUUGAGGUUGUGGACAUCACCCAUAACAUACAGGCAGACCCGGCAUCUUCCCACCUGGAGGUUGUGGACAUCGGCCCUAAAACAGAGGCAGACAGAUCUUGUUCCCACUUGGAGGUUGUGGAAAUCACCCCUCAGACAGAAGCAGACCCGGCUAAUUCACACCUUGAGGUUCAGGACAUCACCCGUAACAUAGAGGCAGAUCUGGCUUCUUUCCACCUGAAUGUUGUGGACAUUACCCUGAACAGAGAGGCAGAGCCCAUCUCUUCCCUCUUGGAGGUUGUGGAUGUCACACCCGAAGAAAGAACUCUCAAGAUGGCCGCCUUCGCCACUCUGCCAACUGACAUCCAAGCAGAGGAUGUUGCUGUGGUCAUCCCAGAUGUCACCCCACACGUCACCAAGGAUGUGACACUGGAUGUUCCAUGCAGAGCUGCAUGCAAAGGGAAAGUCCGCCAAUUUUUUAUCAGGCUUUGGAGGGCAGUGUGCUGCUGCGCCUGCCACAAGGAAGAACAAUAUUAGUUGUCAGACCUUCAGAAAUGGGAUUGAACCA